UCUGCUCUUCUUCCUGUACUUUGAGAGAGUGCUGUGAUCCAACCAAGACUUGUAAACAAGACCUAUCACUGGCCAUCUACAUGUACAAGGUGCCUGUACCAUGUGACUUUUUCGGCUAUGUGUGGGACAAUCGGAUGUCAACAAACCAUCGCUUCAGCUGGAUUGGAAAGUUUCUUCAGAUGUUUAUAAUUGGAACUUCACCAAAGCUACAGCCAUCAAAGUGUAACUAAGAUAAAUCACUGAAAAUCUGGAGGAUUGAUUGUAUUUUGCACAAUACAUUUGUAUUGGUGGAUUUGAGCUCAUUGAAGUGUAUUGGAAAACUAGCAUCAGCCAACCGGGCAUCCGCAAGUGGAUUUGAAUAGCUUUGGUAUCAUUAGAGAGUGGGCCCAUCUGAACGCCAGCUAUUGAGUUAUGCCUCCCACUGCUGACAAUGCGAUAAUCGGCAUCCGUACCUCAGUUUCGUUGCUCACAUCUGGUCAGUCGAAGAAACCAGGUAUGCGCGGAGUGAGCAUAAUGGCUGAUGACUCUCACUCCUACCAGCAGAAUGGCCUUCAUUCUAACGAUGACUUGAACAAGUCAAAAGUGGGUUCCAAGUAUGACUUCUUUUACAAGGAAUCUUGCUUAUACUCACAAAAGAUUUACAAAAAUGCCGCCAGAGUGUUCCAAAGCUUAAAACAUGAGACUCGAGAGGAACUUGAGAAUCCUUACUAUCAGCGUAAGCUUCACCUAGCAAACACCACUAAUGGACUUUCACAACCCAAGGUCUGUGUUCAAGACUUGGACUUUGCCGAUGACAAUGAGAAAAGACUUACAUUUCAGUUGGCGUAUGAAACUUUAAAAUAUCAAAGAGUGUUUGAAGAUCUGCUACUGGAGUGUUCAUUUUUCACACAUUUCCCAGAGUACAAGGAGGAUGAAUCGCUGGUUUAUGUUGUGCUGUGGGACUAUCAGAGCCGCAAGUUCCAGGCGCGCACCCCGGUUCCAGGGGAGACAACCGAUGCAGAGGUGCAGUCAGUGGAGGAGGCAAUUAUUGAGUACAAGACCAAGUUGAACGCAUCCCUCGCACGUCACCGAAUCAAGGCCUCCGCGCCCUCCAUAGAGUUCCUGCUGCCAGACAAAGUGCGAAGCAAGGAGGAGAUCGUAUCUAAGACGCCUGUGUAUAUCUGGGUCAACUUGCUGAAAACAACUGUCAGUGACGUGAUUAGCCAGUUCAAGGACGCCCAUUACGCGGUCAUUGCUCCAGAGGAGAGGCUCGAAGGUCGCACGCUUUACAUAGACCCUCACUGCUCCGACGUGAUCGUUCUUCCAUCAGACAGUAGAGAGUAUGUCCAAGAACACGAUCUGCUUUCUCAAGGACACAUUGUAAUGCAGGACAAGUCGAGCUGUAUUGCCCCUCAGUCCAUAAAGUAUCUGGUUGGAGAUGACGAUGAUGUGAUCCACGUGAAUGCAGGGUCUGGGGUCAUCACGGCGCAUCUGGCCAGUGCCAUGCACACAUCCUCGGCACAUAUAUUUGCAUUCGGCACGACCCCGGCCCUGGCGUCUAAUAUGGAGAAAAUGGGUGUUAAGAAUGUGAAGGAGCAGUCAGAGCAGUUCCUGAACAUUGAGACGGAUGACAACAGGUUCAAGAAUGUCAAGGUUGUCUUGGUCACAGCAGACUGCACAAAGUCUGGCAUCACCAACCCCAUAGACUUUGUUGUCAACGAGGGUGAAGACAUGAAGAUCCUCAAGUAUCUGUCCCUGGGUGAGACCGAUGAGACAAAACUGGGGGAGAUGAUAGCCAGCCAUGGUGCAGUUCUCAGACAUGCCAUGAAAUUAAGCAAGGUGCAGGCCAUAGUAUACAUGACCCGCUCGAUCAACGAGUCUGAGAACGAGCAUGUCGUCUCGAAGGCUGUUGAGCAGGUGAACACGCUGCAGCAGCGCAAGUUCCCAUGGAGAGUUGUUCCCCCUGUGCUGCCGUUCAGUGGCAACGACAUUGAGAAGGGCGUUGGCAUCGUCGGAAAGUUCGUCAAGUUUUCACCGUCUGAGAAGAACAGCGGUUGUUUUGUUGCUGUUAUUACUCGCGAGCCCGAGGAUGUAAAGGAGGCCCACAAGGACAUCCUAGAGCGGGCUCGAGCCCAGGGACUCCUGGGGGGCAAGAAGAAGACCAAGAAGCCCGCAGAGCACGAAGCAGAGACGGAAGUGGCGACGAGCGGUGACGACGAUAAACUCUUGGAGCGGCGUGUCAAACAUGCGCCACGAAAACUGCGAACGGCAAACUCCUUCUCAACUAACUUUAACCAUGCCGCGAGUAUUGUGAAGUCCCAGAUCUACACAAAGCCCAAGACGCCACACCGCCACACCAAAUCUUUGCCCACCCUGACAGCGAAGUCUCACAUCCAGCGGGUUAAAGAGCUCGCGGACCCCUUAGAUAAGAAGGAAAAGCCGCUAAAGGUAGCGGAACAUGUGAAGGUGGUGAAACACCCGGCGCCUUUCAGAAGAAAGCACCGGAAAAAUAAGAAGAAGUAAGUUGUGUAAGUAUAUUCAUCAUGGUAACCCUGCACAUUCAAAACAAAAAGCACACUGUCAACAAUCUUGGCAUGCACCCUUAUGCACAGUUGGGGAUAUUUGUUUUCAACUUAAAAUGCUAUGUUGAGCCACACUAUGAAAACAAGGUUUGAUGCAUGUGCAUUAACCCUUUGCAUGCUGGGAAAUUUGUCGUCUGCUAAAAUGUCGCCUGCUGAAUUUCUAAAAUAAGCAUUUUAUAAAAAAAAAAUUCAAAGAAUACUAUAAGAAUAGCAAACAGUUUGGAUCCUGAUGAGACGCCAUGUUCUGUGGCGUCUCAUCUGGAUCCAAACUGUUUGCAAAGGCCUUCAAAAUUUGGUUCCAGCAUUGAAAGAGUUAAGUGUUGUCCCAGAUUAGACUUUACAGACCACUUUUAUUUUUCUUUGAAAGAAAUUCUGGUCUUAACAAAAUUCCAGUUCAAGCAGUAAGUGCUGUCCUUAAAUAGACAGUGAGGACUGCACAGGCUAAUCUGUACAGACACUACGCACAUGAGUUAAGCAACAUUUUCCAAUAACACCCCUCAUUAUGUGAUUCACAGUGACUUGUAUAUGUUAUAGUCUUCGUUACGUUAAAUAUAAUUUACAAUUUACUCAAUGCCAGAUUCGAAUAGAAAUUAUUUAAAUUUCUGCAUUGAUCAGACUUUCAGUUAAGCAAUUGUUCACAAGAAUUAUUUUGUUGUUCUUUUUCUAAAAAAUAUUUUGGUAUUAUUGGCAAUAGUUUUUAACAUAAGGCACCUUUUUUUUGGUACAAAUUUACUGCUUUUAAGUGAAAGAAUGAUUGCUAUUGCUUGAUUUGUUUUGUUUCAAUUUUGUGCAAUAAUCAGAUUUUUUUUAAUUAUUUCUUGAUUCAGAUUUUGUGAAUGUUUUAUGUCUGUAAAUUGUGCAACCCCUUGUGAAUACUAUCACUUACCUUGACCGUCCCAGUUACUUGAACUAUAAUGUAUUUUUGUCAUUGCAUAAAAGUAAAAUAUCUCUCAAAAGAUAGAAAGUAACAUAUAUACAAGUCUGCUUCCAGUAUUUCUUAUGUGGACGGUUCCUUUUAGAGUUCCAAGAUAAUAAAACAAUUGUUACAUACACAUUCUUCCAACCUCAGAGACUGUAUUUUAUACGAGGAACAGACACAAAUCAAAGACAGAGUUAAAACCAGACUUGUCAAGCAAUAUGGUCCCCUACCGGUGAAACUCCACAAUUUUCAGCAAUAUUUCUAGUCUAUUUGUUGCUAUAGAAACCUGAUUUCUAGAUGUAGGAACAAAAUGAAAUGACUUGCAUAAUCUCCAUAUUGCCAUCUAUCCAUGUUUCAAGUUUCAUGAAAAAAUAUGAAGAACUUUUAACAUUAUCGCAGGAUCCACCAUUUUCAGCAAUAUUUCUAGUAUUUUUGCCAUAGCAACCAGAAUUCUUGACAUAGGAAUAAAAUGAAAUGACGUGCAUAAUCUCCAUAUUGCCAUCUGUCCAUGUUUUAAGUUUCAUGAAAAAAUAUGAAAAAUAAGUUAUCACAGGGUCCAGAAAAGUGUCACAGACUCACGGACACACAGAACGCAAACCAUAAGUACCCUCAGGUUUCACCAUUAGGGGACAAAAAAAACACACUCUAGAUUUAUAUAAAUGGAAAAAAGCUAUUAUAUACGAUUAAUAGCUAUUGUGAUAAUACAAUAAUGAAGAAAUGUUUAAAUGUAUUCAUAAAGAACUUUCUAAAGACUUAAUUAUUUGUAUAAAGCCUGGAAGGGAAGAAAAACUAAAGAUUUGUUAAUUUUGAAAAAUUAUAUACAUCUGUCAAAUUAUAAUUAUAAUGCUACUGCCAUAAUAUUAUCUUCAAUAUUUUAACUGUUUACAAUAAUUGAAUGUGCUUAGUAUUGACUGCAUGGAAAAUAUUGACUAAUGAUGUUGCACUAUACAGGAGCUCUUUAUUGUAUUUUGCUUUGAAUGCUUGCGAUUGUUAAAACUCAAAAAUGAUUUAUUAUUAAACUCAUGGACUGUGUAAAUUAUUGUGGACCAUUUCUGUACACAUGAUCAGCUUUGUAUUGCAGAUAUAUAAAGAGCCACAACUCUGCAUGGAGAAUUGACAAUGUCAUUCUUUUUAGGGCACUGUUAUUUAUUGAUAAUUUUGAUGGUGCCUCUCCACAACACACUUUUAAGGACAAGUCUGCCAAGUACUGUAUGAAAACUUGUUCUGUCCAUCUGUUUAAACUGAACGGAUAUCUUAUGUCAUAGCAGAAACUAUUUGUAAUGAAGACUGUUAAUUGUUGUAUGAAUAUAUAUAUAUACAGGAUGACUGUGCUAUUGUGAUUGUUUCCAUUUAGGGAGGAAACAAUACCUGCUAUGUUUAUUCCAAUUAAUUUACAUUUAAUGCAUGGUGUGUUGUAAAAACAUCUUAAAAUUUUAUGGUGGCACGAUUUUUGUAGGGGAUUUGCAUAUUUAAGGAACAUAUCAUUUGUUUCACAUUUAAAUAGUUGACUUAUGCUAUUGUUUUAAUUAAAUAACCUUAUCUUACUUGUUUGCUGUUAUUGUUAUACAGACCUUUUGUUAUCUGUUUGGCAUGAAAUGUAACUGAAAAAUUAUCCAGUCACAAUAAAUAAUAAAGCUACAUCACUGUGUCCCUGACAGGAGUUGCAGCCCUUUUGUUAUAAGUUUCCAAUUACACUGUACUGGAUUGGUUUUUGGGACUUAAUGCACAUAUAUUUGGAAAGUGAAACAACUUUUCUAUGUACAAUAGUCUUUUUAAUUGUAAGCUAUACUAAAAAUGUACAGUUUGUAUCAAAGGUAUUGUUUCCACAUAUUCCCCUAUAAGUAUAUACCUUUUUGACUUUUAAAAAACCAGACCCAUAUUAUGUCAAUUUAACCAAUCAACAGUAAAUAAAAAGUCACAAGUUUUUUAUAUAGUUUCGCUGCUACUUUUGGUUAAGUUUACUUGAUUGUCUUUUAGAAAAACAACAAUAUGCAACUCAUGUACAUGUUUAUUUUUAAUAAAGAAUGGCGUAUCAUAAAUUUGGUAUACAAACCAAACUAGUAAUAAAGCUAAACAAUUACAAAUCACAUGACAACAUUUUGGUGAUCACAUAAAACAACAGAUGUGUACACCAUACACGGUCUGCAUAAACCAUUGCACUAAACAUUACUGGCAAUGAACAUGACAAGAAACUGGUAAUUUUGAUAAGGCUGCACUACAAUGAAAUAGAAGUUCAGAUAAGACAUUUUGAAAAAAAAAUCCAUAUCAGAUACACAAGAGCAAAAAUUCAAGCAAAAUGCUUGGUACUUCAUAUUGUGACCAAGUAACCUUAAAUAUACCAACAUGUCAAAAUGCAACACUUGAUAUUCUAUGUAAUAAAUUUUACAAUUUGUUGAAUACAUGUAUUGCAAAUUUUAUAUAAAAGGAAAAUGACUGUCAUAAAUGAAAGCAAAUGGUAAGACAUCGUAGCAAGAUGGCACAAAUAUGUACGGCAUGACCUUGAACUAGGGAAGAACAUUAAGACUAUAGAAGCAAAGGUGUAGUGAACCAUUUUAUGGCUUCAAAACAUGAGAUUAGGCGGCAAUACAUGUAAUAAAUAAAUGGAUACAAAAUUUGAAAAGUAUUGUUCAUGUAAAUAUAAUGUUUAUAAAUACAAUAUUGAACUUAAAUUCAUGUUGGUAUAACGCCUAUGAAUACAAGUUUAAACUAUCACUAAAUAUGUGUCCUUCAGACAUGAAUGCCUGCAUAUUUCUUUUUGUGUCACAACUCAUUUAAUAAAAAAAAUGCCCAAAUUCCCCUGCUGAUUAAAAAGAAUAUCAGAUUUCAUCACUUUAGUAGUAUUACUUUUUACACAUCAAAGAGUAAUUUUCUGCUCAAAAAUGGCCUCAACCAAGGUGGAUAAAUGAUUGUGAUUUACAAGGAGAAAUUAAGCCUGAUAUUUUUGGUUUUAAACAAUUUAACAGUGAACAGUGGUUAACAGCAGCAGUAACAACAACAGCAACAGUUAGAUGAACAACCACAAUAUCAGACAGUAGAAUUGUGAAUAAAAUUGUGUGAA